AUGACACACGCGCCGGAAUCCCCCAAGAUGGCUGAAUCCAAGGCAGACGCGGCCAUUGUGAGCGAAUUGGCGCCUCCGUCCAGCCUCAAGGAUGCCAGCCUCGAAGAAAAUGGAGGUGACAUCAUAUCGUCAACGGCCUACCGCAACAUUAUCCGGCGCAUUGAUCGACGACUGAUCAUUACUACUGGAUUCAUGUACUGCGUCAGUCUCAUUGACCGAACAAAUAUUGGAUCUGCCAACAUUGCUGGCAUGUCUGUCGACCUUGGCCUUGAUGUUGGAUAUCGUUAUUCAUUGAUUGCCCUUGUCUUCUUCAUCUCCUUCAUUCUCUUCGAACCUCCCGCGACUGUCGCCUGUCGAAAAUUCGGAGCCAAGCUCUUUCUGCCUGGAAUCACCCUCGCAUGGGGCAUCUUGCUGGUUGGAUUCGGAUUUCCCAACAGCUGGCAGGCUUUGACUGGGCUGAGAUUUAUCCUGGGAAUCUUGGAGGGAGGAUUUCUUCCUUGCUGCAUCUAUCUCAUUUCCACAUGGUACACACGAUAUGACCUUCAGAAGCGCAUCACUGUCUUUUAUGCCAUUGGUUUCUUCUCUUCUGGCCUGGGAGGAAUUCUUGCCUAUGGCUUGAUGCAGAUGGAAGGAGUUGGUGGUCUCAGGGGUUGGAGAUGGAUUUUCAUCAUUGAGGGCCUGCUCACGAUUGUUAUCUCGAUUAUCAGCUUCUUCACCAUCCUCGAUUUCCCCGAUCGAGCCUACCUCAAGUCCAGUCUGCUUACCAAGGAGGAGUGUGACCUGGUCAUGGCGGCUAUCGACGCUGAUAGAAGCGACGCUGCAGACGAGCCUUGGGAUUUCAAGAAGUGGAUUUCUUCAGGAAAAGAUCCCCUCAUCUAUGGUUAUGCCCUCAUCUUCUUUGGUUUGACAGCUAUUACUUACGCCGUGGCCUACUUCCUGCCCAUCAUUCUGCGAAACCAGAUGGGUUUCUCACUUGCCGCUUCACAGUGCCUCAUCGCGCCUCCAUAUUUCGCCGCAGCUUGCUGGAUGUAUCUCACUGCUUGGAUUAGCGACAAGUAUCGCAUCCGUGGGCCCAUCAUGAUCUUCAACACACUGGUUGGCACUGUUGGACUCUGCCUUAUGGGCUUUGUCAAGAACUCUGGCGUUGCUUACUUUGGUGUUUUCCUCAUCUGCUGCGGUUUCAACACAAAUAUCCCAGCUUGCAUGACUUAUCAGUCAAACAAUAUUCGUGGACAAUGGAAACGCGCCUUUUCUUCAGCUACGCUGAUCGGAACAGGUGGUAUCGGUGGUAUCGCCGGCUCCCUCAUGUUCCGUAGCCAGGACGCUCCCGCCUAUCGACCGGGAAUGUACGCCUCCAUCGGCUGCGCUGUGCUGACGCUGAUCGUCAUCUGUUUCAACACGUGGUACUUCAAGAGGGAAAACGCCAAGGCGGACCGUGGCGAGAAGGUUCUUCAGGGCCACCCUGACUUCAGAUACACUGUGUAA